AAACUGCUACAUAUGCAAUAUGGCUGCUGUAAACAAAAUAUUUAUAAAGAUACAAUCACCAAAAGAAAGAGUUCCCGUUAGAAUUCCAAAUCACGAAUAGGAUCAUUUAAUGCAUUUUGCACAGUAGUUACAUACGAGUUCGGCCUACGCCUACGCAAUAUCUGGGUAAAUCACGCAUAGUUAUGAAAAUAGUACAUAAAGAAAAAUAUAUAUAUUAUAUUAUAUGUAAGUGUAAGCUUGAAAUUAUUAAAAGUAAAAGCACUAAACAGGAUAUUCAAAUUCAAGUCAAUUUUUAAUAGUGAUGGACUUGUAGUGAAGAAACCUACGCCAUCAGCUGACAAAACAAUAAACAAAAGAGAAUGAGAUCAAACUAAUGUUUCCAUUUUAUGAUUCACGGUUGUGAACGAGUAUAGACUGUAGCUAGGAUUAGUCAUAAGGAUAUGAUGAUAAUAUGAAUAUCUUUUUAUAAAUGUUCUUGUUCCUCUUUCUCAAGCAAAGAUGACCACGGGAUGGCUAAAAUAGGCUACAUAAUUAUAUAUAUUCAACAAUGAUUACGCAGGUGACUUGCAAGUACUAUUUGUGCCUCAAAAGCUUUUCUGCGUGUGGGACACACUUUAGCUUCUAGUUGGAUUGAAAUUGAUUCUGCUUUUCCUUCCUGUGCGCUUUCUUUUUUAGGUGUGAGUGGUGCAUUUUUUUUAGGUGCGAGUGGUGUGUUUACUCUCUGAGGAUUGUACUCCACCAGUAAGUCUGCUUUUCCAGCUUGUGUUUCCUUUGGAGAGUUCACAGAACAUUAAUUGUUAAGGAAGUCUGCUGUCUGACAUCUCACAACAUGACCUACCCAUCCAGCUUGUCUUUUUUGUAGGAGUAUUUAGAUGCUGAUAAAUUGAGCCUGUUUUAAGACUUCUGUAUUAAGGACUUUGUCCUGCAACCUUAUGUCAAGAUUACAUAUAUAGUGUAGACAGGGAUGGUUUAUUUGUCUAGCAUGUCUGAUGUGAAUGGUCCAUGUCUGGAUAGCAUAUAGGAGAGAUGUUAAUAUGAUUGCCCUAUAUACUUUCAGCUUAGUGUUGAGACAGAGACCCCUUCACUUUCAGACACUCCUGUGGAGCCUUCCAAAAACAACAUUUGCUUUGGAAAUUGGGUUGUUGAUCUCAUCAUCUAUUUUACUGACUUGGAGAGGAUGCUGCCCAAAAAUGUGAAUUUUUGCAAUGCUUGGAAAUAUUGUCCCUUCACUGAUAAAUUAGGUGCUUUGUAAGCUUUUGCUCGAGCUGGCUGGUGCAAGAUCUCUUUUUUUUCUAAUUGGUGGUGAGGCCGUAGUUGUCCCAGGUCUUAGCAAAGCGAUCAAGUAUUUGCUGCAUUUUCAGUUCCGAACAUGCAUUUAGGGCGCAAUCAUCAACAAAUAAUAAGAGGUCUUGAUAAACGUUUCUUUAAUUUUCGUAAUGGCUUGCAGUCUCCUAAGAUUAAAUAACCCUUCAUCUCUCCUUUAUCUUAAAGUAAUGCAAUCAAUAUUGUCAAGAAAACCAUCAGUCAGUGCUGCUAAGAACACCAUUGCUAAAAAGUGUUGGGGCUACAACACAGCAUUGUUUUAAAUAAAUCAUUUAUAAAUACAUUCAAAUAUACUAUCUUCACUAUAAUAUACACAAUAUAAGUCGUUAGAUCAGGCCUGCACAACUCAAAAUGUUAGGCAGACCGUAAUACUUUAUGAAAAACUUGUGCAGGCCAAAAGAAAAAAGGACAGGACUUGUGCGCUUCAGAAGAAAAUAGGACAGGGGGAAAGCUAUCAAGAAAAUAAUAAGACUAAAGAAUAUUUAGUUGCUUCACGGGCCGCAAACUGGAUGCUGGCGGGCCGAAUGUGGCCUGCGGGCCGUAUGUUGUGCAGGCCUGUGUUAGAUUAAUGAAUUUAAUGGGAGGGGUGAUUUGAACUUUCGCUGGCAGGUUAGGGCAUAUAACAAAAAUCAGUAGUCACCACAUUUGUUUAAUUUACAGUGUUGCAGCAGUUUAUUUAGUCUACACUUUUUAAAAUUUUUUAAAAUAAUAUUUUAAUCUUAGAGACAUUGUCAUCAGUUUCAAGUUUCAAGUAUAAAUUCAUUUACUUCCUUUAACAAUUUAAUUGUUACUUUGAAGUUAGUGAAGGAUUUCCUACUCCCCAAGAUAAAACCUUUGCAUUUGGAAUCAGAUACAUUUCUGUUGUGCUACAGAGGGUCCAAGAAAUCUUCAAAAGAAAACAUGAAAGCCUACAUUUCAUGUUUUAUAACAUUGUAAGUAUACAAAAUGAAUUCCAUUCUGAUUAACUUUUUUUUUCAGUUGGAAUUGACCCCAUCCAAAAUGGCGCUUGUACAUUGGAGGAUAUUUGAACUACCAAAACGUUUGAAAGUAUUGGUUUGUGAAUACUUCACAUCAUUUCGCAUCAUCUAUAUGUCAUUAUUCUACAAUCAGUUUACCAGCUGGAAUACAGCAAUUGAUACUGCCUUUGAGCCUAUGUUUUGGCUUGUUGACCACACAACACGCUUCAUGGGACCGGUAAUUAUUUUAUAUAGAUUAACUUUCAAGUUUGAUAUCUAUUUAAAACAGGACAGAAAUGAUUUGGCAUAAACAAAUGUUAAAAAGAAGUAAUUUAUUUUAAACUUAAUCCAUGUCAUUAUUUUUAAGGAAAUUUUGACUAAAGGUUGUUUUUGCCUACUCUUAUUUCAUCUACUAUAAAUAAUGAUUAAAUGAAAAAUAAUAUUGAAUGUUUAAAUGAGAACUUACUAUUUUUUUAUUAUUAUGUUUAAGGGGGAAAGGGAUAUUGAUGUAAAGCUUAAAAUAAAUUUAUAAGCUUUUCCAAACUUGCUAUGAAUGCUUAAUUUAUUAUCAAAACUUAAUUCUGACAGUUUGGAUAUAGUAAAGAUUAUCUAGAUUUGGGGGAAAAUAAUGCAUCAGAUAAUUCUAUUUAUCAUUUCAUUUCUUAAAAAUAAUUAAUUGACAAUAAUUUAGCGUUCAAAGGGAACACUCCAGACAUCUUUAAAUAAAUUCAUAUGCUGUUUGUAUUUCAGAUCAUGGUGACACUUGUGGUUCUCCUGACAACUUUAGUAGUCAUGGUCUUCUAUGUUUGUAUUUUUCCCCAUAUUGUAUAUCAAAGAGAUUUAUUUUGGACAGGCUUCCACUUUGUUUUUGCCCACUGGCUGCUUGUGAACAUUAUUUUCAAUUAUGUGAUGGCCGCAUUCACCAAACCUGGCCAUCCUUCACAGGUAAAUUAUUAGGUUAGAGCAGGCUUGCACAAAAUAUGGCCCACGGGCCACAUGUGGCCCGCCAGUACCCACUUUGCGGCCUGCAAAGUAACGAAAUAUUUAUUAUUAUUAUCGUUUUCCUAAUAGCUUUCCCACCCGUCCUAUUUUAUUUUGUUUUUCAUAAAUUAUUAUGACCCAUCCUUACAUUUUGAGUUGUGCAGGCCUGGGUUAGAGAAUAGUGCAACAUAUUGCAGAGAGGUUAACUUGCCCUUAAUGAGACACAAUAAGCAGCCUAACAGAGAUUGUACAGUUACGCUCUAUUCAACUUUUUCCUCAAAGCAGGAAUGUAUCACAUUUAUUUUAAAAUUUAAUAAUAUAUUGGUAUAGAUGAAAUCUAUUUUACUGACCUGGAAAGGGUACUGCCUAAAAUGUGAAUUUUUGCAAUGCUUGGAGAUGCUGAUAUGUUAGGAAAUCUUUAUUUCAAAAAUACCUAAAUAUCAAAGCAUUUUGCUUAUUACUAAGCAUGUGAACCAACAACAGAGAGCUUUUGUUCUUUAUAUUCGUGGUAUUUAAGGGUAUUUAAAAAAAAAAAUUGGUUGUUAUAACUAUGAUCUAAAUAAAGUUGUAAAAAUAAUUUUAUUUUCAGAAUGUAUCUGAAGUUGUGUCAAUAUGCAAGAAAUGCAUUGCUCCUAAACCACCCCGUACACAUCACUGUACAAUAUGUGCUACAUGUGUGCUGAAAAUGGAUCACCAUUGCCGUAUCUUUUACUCCGUGAUUUCUUUUAUAUGAAUGACAUUUAUGUUAAUUGUGAGCAGCCUUUCUUUCAAAUACUCUACUUACGUGAAACUGAAAUAAUUCAAUAGCGACCAAAAGUAUUUAAAUAACAAUUUUUCAUUAACUGUAUGGACAAAUAUUGUAUGACAGAAUAUAUGCAUAGUACACUUUUGUAUAUAAUUAGUUAAAACUAGAACACUUUAAAUCAUAAACUGACAUAAUUCUUGUUGCAUCCCCUGUAGAAAUAAAAAAAAUUACAAGCUCAUUGAUGUCUUGAGCUUGACCUGGAUUUAAACUCUACUUCUGCUGUAAGCAACUUAUCCUCUCUUUGAUGCUCACAAAUGAAACAAACAUCGUUAUGCGUUGGUUAUCUUUAUUUCAAAAGUGCUUUACUACUACUUUUUGUAAAUAUUGAAAUAUGAAUACACAUUUUCUUUAUCAUAGCAUCUUUAACCUUAACCUCAAGCCAGCUUGGCUGAAUAACUGCGUUGGCUUUUACAACCACCGCUAUUUUUUGCAGUUUGUGUUCUACAUGUGGUUUGGUACCGUGUAUGCAAGUAUAGCUGGCUAUGAUGUCUUUAAGCAACAUUUUUUUGGAAACAAGGUUAUUUGUUUGAGCCAUCUACAUUUUUAUUUCAUUUGGAUUGUAAUGAAUAAGGAUCCAUCAUUUUGAAUGUUUUUAAGGCUUAGCAGAUCAUAUAUACUUUUCCAAAGUUAUUUCAAAGUUACAAUGCAUAAACUUGAUGUCAUUUUUGUUAAAUCGUAUAAUUUAGAUAAUAAUUUAGCACUUAAUGACAUUAUAUUUUUUUUUCUAGGAGCUGAUAGUUCCAGCAUUUUUCUUUCCUGUCAAUAUGGCAUAUCACUUGUGGAAUAAUCCGAACAAAGUAAGUCAGUUGUGAUUCCACUUUUUCAAUGUAUUGAAUUACUGCGGGAAAAAAAAGAUGUAAACUUUCAAUUCAAAGAAAAGCUGUAAUUGGUUUAUGAAAUGCUUAUCAUUGUAAGAGGCGCUAACAACAACCCAAAAAAUCCUAUAUUAUAGUGUGAAGAGCUGUAACUGCAUUUUUAGACACUUUAUUUACAUUUCUUUUGGUAUUUUAAUUACUAAAUUAUUUUUUUCUGCUUUAAUGCUGUGAUCUUGAUGUAUUUUACAAAUGACUACUCAGGUGGAAAGAAUGGGGAAUGAGUCAGUACACACAGACAAAGAGGUUGACAUGAAUGAAAAUGAAGGGGAGAUAAAGGCGACCCUGGAAGGUCAGUUUUUACACAGUGCUGUCAUCUUACAAUUUCUUCUAUGCGCUGGUGUGGCUGUGGCGUUAGGCCUACUGGGUGUUUGGCACGCACGGCUCAUCUCCACAGGACAAACCAGCAUUGAGCAGCAUAUCAACAACAAGGAAAGGGCCAGACUGAAGAAGAAAAACUUGGUAUGUUGAUUUUUUUAAAGGCAUUCAUUGAGAGUAAAAUUACUCACAACUAAAUAGUUGAGGUCACCUUUUUUUAGGAUUUUAGGUAUAAGAUUAUGCAUUAUAUCAAUUUAACAAUCAUGGACAACAUAAUAAUAUGUAAAUACUCCAUCAGAUCAAUGAAUGGAAUUAAGAUAUUUUAAUUAUUUGGCAUUGAAAAAAUGAAACCAACUGUUUAGAGAUAUUAACUUGAGAAGCCCUUAUACAAGAAGAGAGGGUUUUAAUUAAUUUUUGUUUUUAAUAAACUGAUCUCUAAAGUUUUUUUUAAAAAGGUCAAAAAUCUAUUUAUAGAAUGGAGUUUAUUUAAUAGGGACAGAGGGGUGUGCAGCUGAUUAGCUGUUUCAGUUAGUCAUAUUUAAUGUUAUUUAAAGGUGUAAAGAAUUUAACAUUGCUUUGUAAUUAGGUUGCUUUUAAAAAAAAUUUGAAGAUACAAAAUAUAUAAUGAAAUAGGAGAAAAAUAAUUAAUUGUUAUUUCUUUUAUUAUUUUUUUUUAAACAGAAAUUUAAUAAUCCCUACAACUUUGGCUUUGUGAAAAACUGGAAAUUAUUUUUUGGCCUAGGAAAAGGGAGGUGAGUAUUUGAUAAGGUUAACUUCCUUGCUUAAAAAAGAGUUGUUAGACACAGUUGGCUGGGAAUAGUGCUCAACGCUAUUCCCAGCCGACUGUGUAUUUAUUUCCAACCGAUGAAUGGUUCACUACGGCUAGCAAUUAAAAAAAAAAAGAAAUAUAGCAGAAGUGUGGGCUGCAUUGAACCUAUAAUUUGUUUUAAUUUCAACAGACUUUAUUAUGAUACCACUAUUAUUAUACUCAGUCGGCUGGGAUAACGCUCAACGUUAUUCCCAACUGUGUGUAAUACUCAGCAAUAUUCCCAGCUGAUAAAUGGCUUACUACCGCUAACAAUCAUUAUUCCCAGCCAACUGUAAAUAAUCUUUAAAACAGUUAAAUUUUUGUACGACUAUUUAAUGUAAGUGUGAAUCAAAGGAAUGGGUGUCAAUAAAAUUUACUAUAUUAUUUUGGUGUGGACAUAAGAAAUAAUUAGAACUGAAGCCAGUCCUAUCUCUAACACUUCAUGUCUUAACUGUAUCUCUUUAUAUCUUAACUUAGCUCUAUAAGUCUGAAUUUGGGAAUAGUAAAACUAGAAAGUCACAGAGUGUCAACUGUGAAUUUAAAACUUAUCUAAAUUAAAUUUUCUUGAAUAGCAAAUAUCUUCUUAAAGAGUAGUUUGCUUUUAAAAGCAAAUUUUACUUUGUUAUUCCAUGUUGAAUGAAUACAUAAAUUUAUCAACUGUCAAAAUUAAGAAAAAUGUCUGUAUGAUUCACUCACGAUUCCUUACUACCCAGGUCUUUUAUCUGGCAUGUUCUCCUGCCAUCUCGGCAUGAUCCUAUUGGUGACGGCAUCACAUGGGAGACAGCCACAUUCAAGUUGGAUCGUAGUACAGUCUUAGACUUGUUGUGACAUAAAUACAAACAAGAAUGAUAUAGUGAAAUAAUUUUUAAAAUUAAAAUGGCGCGCAAAGUACAUUUUAAAACUACCCAUUCCUGGUCGAUGUUAUUGAUACUCAUGCCAUACCAAUGAUAUAUGUUUAAAUAGCACUGUGCUAGGUGAAUAGUGAACCAAUUAUUCCAUUUAUCAAAUCUGUUCAGCCAAUAAUGUUUUAUUAAUGAUAGUCAUGCUACUAAUAAUUGAAUUUUCUACUUUUUUAAACUUUUAGAUUUGUUUACAUCUUUUUUGCUGUUUGAAGUAUAUAGAAUACAAUAGAAUCAUCUUUUUUCGAGGUGAUUAAUGAAAAUUAUAAUUUAUUACAAUUAUUUGUCUGCCAAACAAAAGCGUACCAUAAAGAUGCCAAGAUUUAUAUUUAAUAUGAAUGUAUGCUUUCAGAAACUCUAUUACCUUUGUGUAAGUGUAAACAUAAGUAUUGUUCAUCAAUUACAAGUCUCCAGUAUUUAAUUUUGAAAAAAAUCGGAAAGAAAAGUUUCAUGAUUCCAUAUUUCAAACUCUGACAGUGCAAUGAUCUAUGCUAAUACUCAUUUGAAUGUGAAUGAAUCAUGUGCAUUUCUCUAUAGUAAAACCCAGUGGUGUAGCUAGAGUUUGUGAUGCGCUUUUUAAAUUUGCCACCCCUAAGCAAUGAAAACUACAAUGCAUACAAUCCACACAUAAACAUAAGGGAUAUAAGUAUAUGGAGUGGACAAAAAAUGCCUUCCCAGGCAACCCGGCCCCUCUGCCCCCAUCUUCUUAUGCCUGUGAAUAAAGCCUGAAUAAGCAGUGUUUUAAUAUAUAGAUAAUAAUACAGUCAUCAAAAUAAUAAAGAUUUCUAAUUCAAGAUUCAGGUUUUCAACUACUAAGUUACAUAUUAUUUUUACGAUAUAUUCCAUUUAUAUAUAAACGAUGGCAAUGUGGUGCCAUAUUCUUGACAAAAGCACAAUUCCAUUUAUGGCCUAUUGUUCAGGCUGAAACUAUGAUGAAGUUAUUUAUGACCUUUUGUUAAGGGUAAAUUUUGAUAAAAAUUUAAAAAAAAAAUGAUUUUAAAAGUUAAAGUAUUGAUUUACAAGUGAUGAAAUUAAUUUAAUAAAUGUAUUGUUUAACUUGUAUCUGUCUAAUGUAACAAACAAUUUCAGGUGAUGAUGUUUUAAACUGUAAGAGCUGUUCUCAGGCUAAUGCCACCCUUUAUGUAAAUGUUUCUCAAAACAAAGUCAUGCAUGGUAUAACUGUUUUGAUGUUGUUUGACGCCUU